CCACGAAUGCUGCGGCUCAACGAGUUUGGCGAACGCGUCUCGUCUCCAUGCGCUGUGCCUGCUUCGACUGUCCAUGCCGAUGUGGCGAUGUGCCUGCUUCGAGGGGCUGUGGAGGGAGGCCGAAAAGCGAGACAAACCACAGGUUCUCCUGCCGGUCCCGGCGCCGGAUCCAGAGCCGAGCGAGGUGCGACCCUCCGGUGAAGCCGAUGACGCUCCGGCGCGGCGACCGAGCGAGUGGGCGGACGGCUCACCGGCGCUUCGGUGCCGAACCGUGCUCGACGACCUGCAAACCGCGGCCCAGGUGCGGUCGCGACGCAAGAGUCGCACCUACUCCAAGAUGUCCAGCUUCGUUCCAGAGGAGCCGGACGAGUUGGAUGACAUCGCCGACAUGUGGAGAUACUACGCCUUGGUCGCAGAGAAACAAGUGCAGACGGCGACCCGCCGGCUGGUCGAGGGCUCCACAGAAACCGAGAAGGUUCAAGUGCCCACGCGCAGGUCAGUCAUUCGCGGUGAGCAGCUCUUGCAGAACUCCAUGUUGCAGUACUUGUCUUAUACGGUCUUAGACACCAUUGAGAAAGGAAGACAUGGCUUGGCCCGGAUUUGCCCCAAAGAUCCAUUAGCAUUUGGAGAGAGCCAUUCUUUGGUGUACACUCCGCUAUGCUUUUCGGUUGACUGCCGGCAACUGGCGAAGAAUGAUGCCCAAGGAGUCGAAAGGGGUCGAAAGGGCUCGAAGAAGAAUCGCUUGUCACGCGCGGGAAGUCGUCCCGGGUUUUCGGGGAUCCGACGUCGCAAUACGCGCGCCAUGGUGAAAUGCUACGUGUGCGGCUUUGUUGAGGUGGACAAGAAACCUGGGGAAUGGCGCUCGGCCUGCGAACGCUGUGCAGAGCUCUUGAAAGCUCCACCCUGCAAGGCGUGUGGACAGCCGGUGCGGGACGCCAAGAAGAAUGAAAGCCAUCCGUAUCAUGAAGAGUGCCGACGCUGCAGCUCGUGCAAUCAGAAGAUCUCUAGACAAGGGAUGCAUUGCACAGCUGGGAAGAUCCUUUGUGGCUCCUGCGACGACCUCUUUGGCGAGUUCUUCGUGCCGGGAAAGCGGAAUGGCGCGGAGUACAUGAGAGAGGCCUUCAAGGCCUGGGAUGAAGACAGUUCGGGGUGGAUCGACACCGGAGAGCUUCGACGGGUGCUGAAAGCGAUCAUGCCCAACUUCUCGGACCGUGACAUCAAUGACCUGCUACGGGUCAUUGAUACUAACGCCAACGGAGUGGUCGAGUAUGAGGAGUUCUGUGCGUGGCUCAUGAAAGAGAAUCCCUUAGAUUUCUCCUCAAGCACCUUCGCCGCCUAUGUGGCGCAGCUCAUGCGCGAGGCCGGCACCGCCAAGGAGAAAGCAGACUUGAACGUGGAUGAGAUCCAAGUUCGGCAUGACGGAGUGUACUUCCGGCUGAAGAGCGGCCAGAUGCGCUUUGAGACCACGGCCUUCCGCACGGAAGCCUUGGCCUUGACUGCCUUGGACCCGGAGGAGUUCAUCAGUAAAGUGGAGUGUGUUGAGGAGGGCUUAAAACUCAGCUUCAACACGGGUCGGAUGACCACCUUGCAGGGCCAGGGCGAAUUGUUUGGUCCCUUCGAAGCGCCCAUGGGCUUCUACAUCGAUGGCUUGCGUGUGAAGCCGCUGGAUGAGCCGCACACGAGCGGCGUGAAGGACUGCGUCACGGGCAUCGACGUGGCGCCCUUGCCAUCGGCCUCGGAGUACGACUGUCCCCAUGCGCUUCUGUACACCGCGGAGCAGGAAUACCUCCGUUCAUUGCGGGAGAUCUUGGCCAAGAGCGCGGUGGACGUGAACACCUUCGGCGCUGGAGGAGUGACGGCGCUGAUGCUCGCGGCCUCGAGGGGAUGCACCGGUGCCAUGCGACUCCUCUUGAGCUGCAAGGCGAAUGCCAACCUGGCGGACCGGGAUGGUUGGACAGCUCUCACCUACGCCAGUCGUUGCGGCUCUCCAGAGGCAGUUGCCGCACUCUUGGAGAAGGGGGCCAAGGAGGACAAGAAUGACGGUGGUCGAGCAUUGAAAGAGGCCCUCCGCGUGAAGCACAACGCCGCCGCGCGGGCGCUGCUCCGCGCGGGCUUCGGCCCGGCACCCGCCGGGACCUUCGCGUUGGAGGGCACCGUGAAGCCGGAGGACUGCAAGCUCGCCGCACCGAAGAUUCUGCCGGAGGGCGGCGCCUUUGCACAGCCGAGGAAGGUCAGCAUCUUGGUGGGCGAGGAGGAUGCGGCCAAAGGUUCAAAGGUCAAGGUACUCUAUACCUUGGAUGGACGAGAUCCGUAUCUUUGUGGCCAACGCUACAUGGGCCCCAUCACUGUGACCAGCCGCAUGCAGCUGCGGGCCGUGGCCCUUCAAGGGCCCAAGCGCUCGCAAUCAGUGGAAGCCACCUUCCUGAUUUGUCAUUGUGCUCUGCCGGAUGAGAUCAUCUUCGGCACAUUGCAAGCGCAGAUCUUUCCUGCGGCCUUGGACUUGCUCUUGGACUACACUGCAGAGACCUUGUCCGUCUCCAGUAGUCAAUUCCAGGUGAAGAGCUCCGAAGCGGACAGCACCACUCCGCGCUGGGUGCAGGUCGAUCUCCAUGAUGUCAAGCCACGUCAUCAGUUGCACUUUGACCUGGCCUAUGCAUCGGUGAAGUCGGCAGAUCAGAGGAAGAAAUGGACGGAUGCCAUCACCAACGACAUUCAGAAGGCUGUUGGAGAGGAACCCCUUGACUGCAAAGUCUUUGCUGGCUCCAUCAUUUUGGAGUUUCAGAUGACACGGCCGAAGGCGGACGAGCUGAAUCAGCAGUUGGUGGAUCCCAGUAGCUGGCUCUUGACGAAGGCGAAGCACCGGAAGGCCUUCAAGAAUGCAUCCCUUCAGGUGGUGGAGGCCUUGGGGCAACGGGUCUCCCAAGCCAGCUUUCGCAGCGUGGCCGCG